AAAAAGUUAGGUAAUAAUAAAUUCAGUCGUUUUUGUACUACAAAACAUUGCAGAUAAACUGAGAUUAAACCUUACAUUUCAAUACGUAAAAGAGUUAGUGAUCAAAGUUAGAAAUUAGUUAGUGAUCAAAACUGAACUACAAGAAGCAAAAUGACUAAUAAAAUAUUGGACGUCAUACCUCAAAGAUAUGUCCUUGGAGUUAUGGGUUUCUUCGCAACCACUAACACAUACGCGAUGAGGGUUGUGAUGAAUAUUGCCAUUACACAAAUGACGCUCCAACAAGCGGCCACACAUGUCGAUCCCAAUUCAUGUCCCGGAGAUGAAGGAAGUUCAAGUGGUAAUGAUACAACAACUCACAUAACCGAUCCAGUAUAUGACUGGAGCGAAAGUACAAAAGGGCUAAUUCUUAGUUCAUUUUUCUACGGCUACAUAGUUACUCAUUUACCUGGUGGAGUGUUAGCUGAAAAAUGGGGUGGUAAACAUACUUUAGGUAUCGGAAUUUUAAUAGGGGCAGUAAUGACCGUCUUAACACCAUGGAUUCUCACUGCCACUGAUGGUAACUGGAAAAUAUUGAUGAUUACAAGAAUUUUUAUUGGAUUUGGGCAGGGUACUAGUAAUCCAGCAAUUAAUUCACUUCUUGCCAAAUGGGUUCCAUUAAAAGAAAGAGCAACAAUUGGUACCUUGGUCUUUGGUGGGAGUCAAAUGGGUACAAUUAUUUGUAGUGCCAUAUGUGGUGCGUUAAUACACGUUACAAAAUCAUGGGCGUCGGUCUUUUAUCUUUUUGGAGGAUUAGGUAUUAUAUGGUAUAUAUUGUGGCAGAUUCUUUGUUAUUCCUCACCGCAACAACACCCAUUCAUUGGAGAAAAGGAAAAAAACUAUCUUAAAAAGGAAAUAGAGGGAAUUUCAACAAAGAAACCCAAUACACCGUGGAAGGCAAUGUUGACAUCUGCACCAGUGUGGGCGUUGGUAGCUGCUCAAGCCGGUCACGAUUGGGGAUUUUUUACAAUCUUAACAGAAUUGCCAACUUAUAUGAGUGAGGUAUUGAAAUUUAAUAUUAAAGAUAACGGAUUGUGGAAUUCCCUACCAUACAUCGUGAUGUGGGUGUGCUCUUUAAGUUCUGGAAAAUUGUGUGAUUGGAUGAUAGCUAAGGGGUACAUAAAGGUUACACUUGCAAGAAAAAUCUUCACAACACUAGCUGCCGUUGGUCCAAGUAUAUUCAUCAUGGCUGCUUCAUACGCUGGGUGUGACAAAGCUCUUACUGUUGGUAUGUUUACGAUAUCCCUGUUUUUGACAGGACCGUUCUACUGCGGUUUUAAAGUUAACGCUUUGGAUAUUGCUCCAAAUCAUGCUGGUAUUCUUAUGGCCAUUGUCAAUGGUAUUGGAUCUAUAACUGGAUGUGUGGUACCUUAUUUGGCAGGCGCUUUGACUGAAGAUCACACCUUGCUGCAAUGGCGUCUAGUAUUUUGGAUCACCGGGGCAGUAUACGUCGUAACCACCAUUAUAUUCUGCAUUUGGGGUAGUGGUGAGUUGCAGCCAUGGAAUGAUCUCUCCAGUUGCAGUUCAGAAGAUAAAUAUCCUAUAAAGAACUGUAGUGAUGAUCUAAAGAAAGAAUCUGUUUAAAUAGACAUAUUAAAAUAGAUCGCUCGUAUCAAGCGAUUUUUAAAUAAUAACCAAUCUAAUUUAUCUUUACGUUUUUAUAAUUUUAGUUUUAUUGUUUAAUAUGUAAGUAAUUGAAAAUAUUCUAGAAUAAAAAUAUAAAAUACAUAUUUAAA